AUGCUUUCCCACACGAUCCUCGGCGUUCUGGCGACGGCUUUGACUGCCGCGGCCGCGCCCGCAUUGCAUACUAGCAGCGGCGACGCCCUUGUGCGGUUUCUCGAGAAAAGAGCGACUACCUUGAACAUCACAAUUUCUCCUGGCGCGUCGAUCGUGUAUCCUGACCAGCCUGAAUGGACUAAUGAUACAGCUCGCUGGUCCACCUGGAGCCCUCCAACCUAUAGCGUCGCAUUCCUUCCAGCAACCGAACAGGAUAUCACCACUGCUCUUCAGUACAUGACCCGCAACAAUAUUUCAUUCCUGGCGCAAGGAGGCGGUCAUGGGAACACGCUCACGUUUAGCACUGUACAAGACGCCGUGGUUAUCAAUUUAGAGAACUUCGGCGAUGUUACGGUGAAUGAUGAUGAGACGAUUUCCGUCGGCGGUGGUGCUGUUUUCGCGAAUGUCUACGCAGCGGCCUAUGCAGCUGGCAGAGAAUUGCCGGCUGGCUCCUGUCCGUGUGUAGGAGCGGGCGGUGCCAGCAUAGGCGGUGGUCAUGGCCGGCUCCAAGGCGAGUACGGUAUGAUAGUGGAUGUGAUUGUUAAACUCCGCGUGGCACUCUGGGAUGGCUCCAUUAUUGACGUGUCCGCGACCGAGCACGCAGAUUUGUUCUGGGCUAUGAGAGGAGCAGGUCAUAACUUUGGCAUCGUUCUCGAGUACACCUUCAAGACUUUCCCUCAACAGAACGAUGGCCAGAACUACAAUGGCGACAUGACAUUUACCACUGACUCCCUUGAGGGAGUUCUCAGUGUUGUCAAUGACCUGAUUCCAGACCAAGAUCCCGGUCUUGCAAUUGACAUUUUCAUCACUUAUAACGAGACAACCCAAACGCCUGGCCUCUUACUCAAUGUGGUCUACCAUGGUACCCUGGAACAAGGCCAAGCCUAUACGGCCCGCUUCGCCACAAGCCAAGAACUCGGUAUUGAGCGUACUUGGUUGAAUGAGUCCACGGUGGCUUGGGAAAAUGUUCCGAGCGCAGCCGCUCGAGGCGCCAUCACCCACGCAUGUACGGAAGGGCUCAGCUACGACGUCUAUACGGUCAACACGAAAUCAUUUGACAUCGCACAGCAGCGGGAGCUCUUCGAAUCGUAUGUCGAGUUCGUCGAGGCAAACCCGCUGGCCGUUCAUUCCAUCUUCUUGUACGAAAUAUUUUCGCAAAGGGCCGUGCUAGCGCAGAACCCGGCAAGCACAGCCUUUGGCAACCGCCAAUAUGGCAACAUCCUCAUGCUUCUCCAGGGCACCUAUACAGACGACAGCGUUGCUUCCGCAUGGCAGGAGUGGGCUGACCAUUGGCGUUCGCACCUGUGGGCCCCUGAGCACUCGGGCUACCCUGUCAAGUCUGUAUACAUGAACUAUGCUCGCGGUGACGAGCCCCUGCAGGCGCUGUACGGCUACGAACCCUGGCGCGAGCACCGUCUAAGGAAGCUUAAGGCAAAGUACGAUCCACACGGCUUCUUCAAUCACUAUAACUCGGUUCUUGGACACUGGAAUUCGCCAAACUAG